GUGAGAGCGACAGCAGAGCUGCAGUCGAGACAAAUCUCUGUGUUUCUGUCUAAAGAAAAAUUACAUAGAGUUGAUCAGGAUUUCCUCAACAACUGCUCAGAUACUGUGUGUAGACAUGUCUGCUGCCAGCAACCUGAGAUCUGAAGAUCAGUUCCUGUGCUCCAUCUGUCUGGAUGUGUUCACUGAUCCAGUCACUACAUCAUGUGGACACAACUUCUGUAAGAACUGCAUCACUACACACUGGGACAUUAGUGACAGGUGUCAGUGUCCCAUGUGUAAAGAGGUUUUCUAUGUAAGACCUCAGUUCAGGGUCAACACUUUGUUCUCUGAGGUGGUUGCUCAGUUCAAACAUGAAGCUCAACAGAAAACCAGCAGCAGCAGCUCAGAGCAACAAGUUUCCAAACCAGUAGAAGUUUCCUGUGACGUCUGCACUGGAACCAAACUGAAGGCCCUGAAGUCCUGCCUGGUGUGUCUGACCUCCUACUGUGAGACUCACCUGGAGCCUCACCUGACAGUGUCAGGCCUGAAAAGACAUCAGCUGAUCGACCCUGUGGAGAACCUGGAAGACAGGAUGUGUACGAAGCACGAUAAACCUCUGGAGCUGUUCUGUCAGACCGACCAGACAUGUGUCUGCGUGCUCUGCUCUGUUUUAGACCACAAGACACAUGAGUUUGUUCCUCUGAAAGAAGGAUAUGAAGGAAAGAAGGCAGAGCUGGAGGAGACAGAGGCUGAAAUUCAGCAAAUGAUCCAGAAGAGACGAGUGAAGAUUCAGGAGAUCAAACACUCAGUCAAGAUCAGUAAAGAUGAUGCAGACAGAGAGAAAGCAGAAGGUGUUCAGGUCUUCACUGCUCUGAAGGAGUCUGUUGACAGAGGCCUGAACCAGCUCAUAAAGGAGAUCGAAGACAAACAGAAAACCACAGACAAACAGGCUGAAGACUUCAUCACAGAGCUGGAACAGGAAAUCUCUGAGCUGAUGAAGAGAAGCACUGAGGUGGAGCAGCUCUCACUCUCUGAAGACCACCUCCACCUCCUCCAAAGCUUCCCAUCCCUGAAAGCUGCUCCACCCACCAAGGACUGGACAGAGGUCAGAGUCCGUCCACCAUCAUAUGAGAGGACUGUGGUGAGAGCUGUGGCUCAGCUGGAGGAGACGCUCAGUAAAAAGAUGAAGAAGCUGAUUAAUGAGGCUGAGCUGAAGAGGGUCCAGCAGUAUGCAGAGGAUGUGACUCUGGAUCCUGAUACAGCAAGUCCUAAACUCGUCCUGUCUGAUGAUGGAAAACAAGUCAAUCAUGGUGAUGUGUGGAAGAAUCUCCCAGACAACCCAGAGAGAUUUUCUCAAUGCCCUAUUGUUUUAGGAAAGCAGAGUUUCUCUUCAGGCAGAUUUUACUUUGAGGUUCAGGUUAAAGGAAAGACUGAGUGGACAUUAGGAGUGGCCAGAGAGUCGAUCGACAGGAAGGGAGUCAUCACACUGAGCCCUGAUGAUGGUUACUGGACGAUAUGGUUGAGAAAUGGAAAUGAGUACAGAGCUCUUGCUGGCCCCUCAGUCCGUCUCUCUCUGAAGUCUCAGCCUGAGAAGGUGGGGGUGUUUGUGGAUUUUGAGGAGGGUCUGGUCUCCUUUUAUGACGUAGCUGCUGCAGCUCUCAUCUACUCCUUUACUGGCUGCUCCUUCACUGAGAAACUCUACCCAUUCUUUAAUCCAGGGCUUAAUGAUGGUGGUAAAAACUCUACCCCUCUUCUCAUCUGUCCUGUCAAUCAAACUGAGUAGAAUAAUAAUUUCAGUUAUUUUAUGAUUUGAUUUAUUUUAAUUCCAGGGAACAAAUGUACAUAUUUUAAUUACUUUACAAUUCAUAUUAGGGAUCGACCGAUUAUCAGCCUGGCUGAUUAUCGGUGGUAAUAUACAGCAUUUUCUGAUUACCGGUAUCAUUAUGUUUUUUUAACCGAUAACUGAGAACAUAAAAUAUCUCUGAGUAAACUUGUUACUGCGUUAUAUUUUAAAAGGGGAGGGACAGUUGUUGAUGGUCAUUGUGGAGGAUGUAAUGUGUGGAGCUGUGUUACAUUACACAGCGUUUCUGUUAUUUACUUACAUUUACUGAUAUAAAUGGGGUGGACAAAAUAAUAGUAACACCUGAACGCCAUGGUGAGUGUCCUUAUACAGCAGUAGUUUUGUGUUGACAUAUCGGUUCCAGAUAUUGGUUAUCGGUCUCCUUGUUAACCUAUAAUCAGUAUCGGCCCUGAAAAAACCAUAUCGGUCGAUCCCUAAUUUAUAUCUUGUUAUUUUCUACAGAAUCUGAUUACUGCGGUGACUUUGUUGUAAGAUUAUUAUAUGUAUCCCAUCACACAGGCAACACUUAGUUUGAUGCCUCGUCAACCCUGCAGUAGUCACCAACGUGUCACUCAUGACAUCGGGGGUUGACCAGUUUUUCAGGGCCGAUUCCGAAAAAGAUUAUUAGUAAACAAAAAAUACCAAUAAUCAUAAAAAUGCUCAAUAUGGCAUCUGAUAUAUGGCCGGGCCGAUAAUCAGUCGAGCCCUGAUGUGUAACUAUAGAAAAUAUAUUGUUAAGUGCAGAGGUUACAAAUGGGUGGAUCACUGUCCUGGUCCAGACCCAGAUGGCAAACUGUCCGGACCUAUUACCUACAAAUGAUCAAGAACUACCAUCAACAUUUUGGACCUUUGCUAUUUCAUACAAAAUGCAGUCUGUGUCAUUGUUAUUCAAGUUGUGAAAAGCUCAUGGACAAAGGUAAUUAGUUGAAUGCUAAUUACUGAUUAAGUACUGGUUACUUUGGACUAUUUUCCUUUGAUUUCUGAAUACUGGUCAAAUGGAUUGUGAUUUAAAAGAAUCUGUAAAUACGUGACUGUAAAAUAAACUUGUCUGAUGUUGAAGACUUUAAACACGA